GUAACGAAACGGAUUAUUGCCAUGAUUUUAUUUUACUUUUUAUGUUGGAUGCCACAUUGGACAUUAAAUUUACUGGCACAUUUUGAGCUUAUUGUUGUAACUUGGUCAACCAUAACAUUAUCAUCGAUAUUUUUUGCGGCUCAUUUAUUGGUAUGCUUUAAUUCAGCUGUAAAUCCUAUCUUAUAUGCGCUUAUCAAUCGAGAAUUACGACAACAACAUACGAAAGCAUUAAUUAAGCGAUGUCGUUCAUUAUCAAAUGUCACCAAUAAUGCCUUAGAUGCACUCAUCAAGCAUUCUCAUCAUCUUGUGGAAUGUGCGGGACCAUUACAUUGCAAUUUUAUUGCUUCAAGUGGUCAUGAAAAUCGACAUCAUAUACGUAAUCCGACAAUAACGAUUGGAAAUGAUGAUAAUGAUGAUGAUGAUGAUGAUGAUAAUAAUAAUAAUGAUGAUGAUGAUGAUGAUGAUGAUGAUGAUGAGCUUAAGAUCGAUUCAUUACCUUCGAAUCAUUUACAACGAAAAGUUACAAAUGGCAUGGAUGAGACGUCAUUAUUAUCAAGUAGUAACUCAAAAGUUGAUUAUUGCGAUUCAUUUCUUUGA